UCGGCGCCCGGCCGCCCGAGAGCUGUGUAGGGUAAACUCGCGGCGUCGCGCGCACCGCCUCGGGACCCUCCUCCGGCCGAAGGGAGCAGUGAGGCGGCGACGAGAUGAUCGAGACGCUCGUGAGCGGCGAUGCCCGCGCGCUGCUCUACCGGCUGACGGCUCUGCUGGAGCAGGAGCUGCGCUGCCAGCCGAAGGGCUCCGGCCUGAGGCUGAUCGAGUCCGCCCACGACAACGGCCUCCGAAUGACCGCGAGGCUGCGAGACUUCGAAGUGAAGGAUCUGCUCAGCUUAACUCAGUUCUUCGGCUUCCACACGGAGACCUUCUCGCUGGCUGUCAACUUCUUAGAUAGGUUCUUGUCCAAAAUGAAGGUACAGCCUAAACACUUGGGCUGUGUUGGACUGAGCUGCUUCUACCUAGCUGUGAAGGCAACAGAAGAAGAGAGAAAUGUUCCCUUAGCCACCGACUUAAUCCGAAUAAGCCAGUAUAGGUUCACUGUUUCUGAUAUGAUGAGAAUGGAGAAAAUCGUAUUGGAGAAGCUUUCUUGGAAAGUCAAAGCAACAACAGCCUUCCAGUUUCUACAGCUUUAUCAUUCACUCAUUCAUGAGAAUUUAAGCUGUGAAAGGAAAAGAUACCUUAAUUUUGAGAGACUUGAGACCCAGCUUAAGGCAUGUCACUGCAGAAUCAUGUUUUCUAAAGCUAAGCCUUCUGUUUUAGCACUGUCUAUUAUGGCACUAGAGAUAGAAGAACAAAAACUACUGGAGUUGACAGAGGCAUUGGAAUUUCUGCAGUUGCAUUCCAAGAUAAACAACAGAGAUUUGACCUUCUGGAAGGAAUUGGUGUUGAAGUGCCUUACAGAAUAUUCCUCAAGCAAGUGUUCCAAACCAAAUGUCCAGAAAUUAAAAUGGAUCGUGUCUGGACGUACAGCACGGCAGCUUAAGCAUAGCUAUUAUAGAAUAACACACCUUCCUACAAUUCCAGAAACCAGCUCAUAAUAGGUAACCUGUUGGAGAUGUUAACGUAAAUGUGGUAGGCCUGUCACAGAGGCUGGUCUGUUCUCAUGUUCAUGCUUGAGCCUGUGGUGUACCUAAGGAAGUGGCUACCUAAUAUGUGAACACUGGAACUGGAACUGAUGCUUUGAUGUGCUCUGGGAGCAGAAAUAUAUUCUACAGACAUUACGACCUCAUUCAAACUUAAAUAUGGAGUAGAACUGGUAAAAAAGCAGGGGAAAUACUUAGCUUGCUCCUUUUGCAGAAAGAAUCUAAAAGGAAACAGCUGCCUGUUACAAUCUCUCUUGCUCUGGUUCACUGACGCCACUUACAGACAGCUUCAUACACUUUGAGUUAGUUAGCUGUUCAUUUAGUAAAGUGAAACUCGCUUGGUUAUGCAUAUUGCAGUUGAUUAACUGUAGAGUUGCACACUACUUCCUUAUCUAGACUUUAACUCUAAAGGCUACAAACCUUUAAAAGUUGUCUCUUCUGUGUUAAUGUCUGUCUUAUGCUUUAUUUUAUUCUCGUAGAAAUCCCUUUACUUAGUUGAUUGUUCAUUGUGGGUUUUUUUGUUUGUUUGUUUUACAGGAGUACAAUAAAAGGAGAAAACCAGCCUGAAACUUGUUCAUAGACAGAUGAAGGUUCAAGAAACAUCUUAAUAAUGAAGAACUUGACUUUUGCAAGAAUAUAUAGUGGUUCAGACUAGAAUUCCUUGCAGCAAAUGUUGUUUUCCAUGACUAUGAUACCUAACGUUAGCUUUUGGUCUUACUAGACGAUUUACUAUUUAAGCAGUAAAAUAUCACAAUACUGAUGCAAAGAAUUUAAUACCUUAUAGUUUGUAGAGCAGCUUGUGUAAUCUAACCUUGUUUUACAGCAAGUGCAGGUGCAAAAUUAUAUAUUAAAUUGAAAAAACUUGGUUCACUUUCCAAAGACUACUUGACACUAGGUAAACGUAUGCAGUAGCACAGUGCUUCAGUUUCUCAGGCAAACUAAAGACCACCUUACUCAGCACUGAUAGAAUGACAAAUGCUCAUCAGUCCAGCUGACAGGCUGUUUGGAUAGCAGCACGCACCUGUGUUCCUACAGGGUAGGGUGCUCACCUUUACCAUGGACACAAACUGAAAAUAAGGUUUUGUGGUGCCUGUUGUGUAGUCAUUAAGAGUGCAUCAGUAACAUCGGUAUUAUAUAAGAAGUGUGGUUUGCUGAGAUUAUGGGCAAGUGUGUGGUAACUUCAUAAUACCUAGUGCUGGCUGGGGAGAAAGCACCACAGCACCUGCUCCAAAUUGGGCAUCAGUUUGCCAGGAUUCCACUGUACAAGAAGUAAAUGCUGAUACUGAACAAGAGGGACAAGUACAGUCAGAAAUGUUCAGCCUUCACUGUGCUGCUACCUACAGGCUACUCAAGAUUAGGAAAACGUGAAGACUUGGAACCAUAGUCUGUUUGACAGCUUACCAAGUAAAAUUGCUGAUUUUCCCUGAAGACUAAGUCAGUACUUGAGGUGUAUCAUGCUGCUGGUACUAACGUGAAAGUGAACAUGAAGAAUAUGUUAUUGUAUGUAAGAUGGAUGAGGAUUUGGGGGAAUGUUGCUUAUGACUCCUUGAGUUCUGUUAAAAACUGGUUGUUGUAUGAAUGGAGUCAGUGGAGAAGAAAGGAAUCUGCAUGUCUGGAAUACUCUGUGGACUUACCAGCUAGCCUGCCAAAUCCAUCUCCUUUAUGGCAAUAAUGGAUGAGGAGAUAAUUCUUCACUUCUCUCAAACUAGUUAAACUUCUCACAGAAAACUACAUACCAAAGCUCCAUACUGGACAAAUCAAGCUUUCUCGUAAACUCAUGGGAAUGGUUAUGCUGCAUAGUAUUGAAUUGCAUUUUCCAUCCACCAGUGCAAUAUAUGCAUUGUGCUGAAAGGAACACAAGUGAUGUAGACAGAUGGGCAGUCAGCCUACUGGGAGAUUGCAAGAUGCAGCAUGCAAUUGUGCUGGUAUUGUCAUGUCUCAAGAUAUGUACCUUUCAAUUAAACAUUGAAAUGCAAA